CUCCAAUCAAAGCAAACAUUGUUAGCCAUGGAUGGUCGGUUUGAUGGUCUCCUACUUGGGCUGGCUCAAAAACACAAGGGGAUUGAGGACCUGCUGCACACGCUUAUGACGUUCUUGGAACGACAAUCAGAUUUGUUCCACGUCAAGGAGAGCGACGGCGAUGCCAAAGGUUUUAAGGAGGGUGAGGCGGAAAAAAUGCUGCGGAAACAGUUCAGUGAAUUUCAGGCUCGAUACUUGGCGCGAGCACAGCCUCAUUUGCUUGCCCGCGUUCCGCAACAUUUAGGUGGCUAUGCUGCGGCAGCUGCAAGCAGCUCUGGAAAGCGGAGUGAGGUGCCCAUGGGCAUCAAUGCAUCUCCGCUGGAAGGUGGAGAUCCAGGGCAGUGGGAGAGCCAGAAGAAUAAGGGCGAGGGCUGGGUGUGGAAUCAGACGCCCCAGGAAAUAAACGUUGAGAUUGCUGUGGAGCCGUGCAGGGCCUCAGAUCUCAAGGUAGCUAUUGCUGCAAAGUCACUGUCAAUUAAGCUCAAGGGAAACACUCUUCUGGAGGGGAAGCUUUUUGACAAGAUCAAUAGUGAGGAGUCUACCUGGCACCUGGACAAUGGCAAACAGGUGGUUUUGAACCUGGAGAAGAUUAGACCAGCCUUCUGGGAGGGACUCUUCGAGGCUAGCUGACUGCCGAUUCAGGUUUGCAAGCCAAAGUGCAGGCAUUCCUGCAAACUGCCCUUACCACCUUGCGGCGGUACAUGUAGGUUUGUAGGAUUUAGGCGAGCACCGAAGUCUCGACAGACCUUGCUGAACUUGCUGUGGCCGAAUGGAUAGGGCUGCUUUGGCCGGUUAGCAAAUGAGUGCUUCGAUGAAAUAGUAUCAAGAAGGCUGCUGUUUCUCCUUCGUGCAUUACUCAGU